AUGAUUCUUUCUUUGAAUUUUGUAUCGAUCAUCUUGGGAGUAUUUGGGUGGAGAGACUACUAUAAUUAGUACUCUAAUAUUUAUGGAUUUUAAAUUGAAAAAUGCCCAGAUUUGCAUGUACAAAAGGCUAGUCUGCAUCCAUACUAAUGUGUCUGUAAUUCUAAAAGAGUAAAUUUAGCUUAUGCUGUGAUUUGUAAGGGUGUGGAGGAGAUACAAGUAAAAAUUGAAUUGAAUGGAACUCAACAUUAAUGUCAUCCCAGAUUCCAACCAUGGGGAGCUGGGACUCCAACAAUGGAUAAUACUACAGUUCAUUGUGGAUUUGAUGGAGGUGAUCAGUUAGUGAUGGAGAUGUUAGCAGAUGGAAAUAUUAGAUUAGCAUUGACAGAUGAAAAAAAUAAAAGAUGUUUGAUAACUGCCUAUUAAUAUAGCAUUUAUAGUUGCCAAUUUUGCAAGCCUCCUUACUUUGGACUAGAUUGUAAAAAUGUUCUCCGGUAUUUUGAUUAACGUUAUACAAAUCCACUCCGAUCAUGCUCCUAAAAUUGUCUGGAAUGUGAUGAAGGAAGUUAAAGUUGUACUAAGUGUAUUCCUGGAACAGAUAACAUAAAUUCUAACGAUAAAGCAUGCUAACUAGAUUGUCUAGGAUUUACAAGUUGCUCUAUAGUUUCUAAUACAUUUCAAAAUAGUAGUAUUUGCUUGCCCAGCACUGUUCUCAGAAUUGACCGUUGUGUUUCAUGCCCAACUGGAUGUUUAGCUUGCACUUUAGAUUUUCAGGACCUGUUUAAAUAGAAGUGUGAUUCUUGUGAUUCUAAUUAUAUUCGACAAUUAGUGAGCAGUAAUGCUCCUAAUAUGUACUCUUGCUAUCGAUUAUUUAAUUGUCCUAGUGUAAGAUAAUAAUUGAUAGGUCAAACAAUAUCAUCUAGUGGAGAGUAUGCUUAUAAUAUACGAUGUACAUUAUGUGAUCCAGGAUUUGUUUAUGAUCUUACUACCUAAAUAUGCCAAUGGAGUCAAUUUAAGAAACCAGGCUGUUUCUUUUUGGAUCCUUAAGGAAAUAACUGUGUAUCCUGUUAUCCAUGGUUUAGUUUACAAUCCGAUGGCUCAUGCAAACUAAUAAGUUGCAAUCCGAACUGUUAUACAUGUUUGGAUACAAAUCCAGAUAUUUGUACUACUUGUGAUGGCUUUAAUAAUAAAGUGCUUUCUAAUGGUAUUUGCAUAUGUGAUUCAAACUAUGGUCUUAAAAUUGAUGAGUGUGUAAAGUGUACUGAGGGUUAUUGUUAAGAGUGUGAAAUAGGUAAUUUUUUCUCAUGUACCUCAUGUGCGCCUGAAACAAAUAGAAUAUUAGUUGAUCAAUAAUGUAUUUGCAAACCUGGGUCUUGUGAACCUGCAGAUGGAAGUGUGACAUGUAUUUUAUGCGAUAAGUCAUGUGUAAAUUGUUCAGGUCCAACAAGUAAUGAUUGUACUUUAUGUCCUGACGAAAUAACUACAAAUAGAAUUCAGAUUGGUAAUUCUUGUCCUUGUAAACCAGGUUAUGCUGAUUAUGAAGUCAAAGAUGCAAUAUGUGGAAAAUGCCAUCCAAGAUGCAAACAAUGUUUCUAAGCAGCUGAUGAAACUUCAAAUUAAUAUUGUCUAACUUGCAUUCCUGGACAAAAUAGGGUUGUUUCUGAUAAUCUGAAUUGUGAUUGCAAAGAAAACUAUGGUGAUUUUGAUGGCACUUUAGAUAUUUGUCUAAUCUGUGAUUAUACCUGUGGAGUAUGUAAUGAUUUUGGUCCUAUGAAUUGUACCUCUUGUUUAGAAAGCUCACAUAGAUAUUUAACAGCAUUAGGAGAAUGUUUAUGUAAAACAUCAUAUUUUGAUGAUCAAACAUAAAACACAGAGUGUUAAAAAUGUCAUUAUUCAUGUUUAAGAUGUGCCAAUAGCAUUGAAGACAAUUCAUGUUUAGAAUGUCCUCCUACUAGAAAUCCUAGUGAUCCAUUAGCCACUUAGUUUUAAUGUAUUUGUGAAUCUUCAAACUUCUUUGACGAUGGAUUAUUACCAACCUGUCUAUAAUGUGAUACCUCUUGUCUAACCUGUUAUGGUCCUCUUUCAUCUAACUGUCUAUCUUGUGAUUCAACAUAUAGAGAAUUUGAUUUAUCCUCUUGUCUAUGUCCACCAGGAUAUUAUGAUGUUGGAUAAUUGGAAUGUGCUAAAUGUCACUAUUCUUGUUAUUAAUGCUUUGAUAAUACAGCUGAAGGUUGUAUAAAUUGUUCAAUUGAUUUUCAUCUUAGAGUAUUAAGAGGAAAUACUUGUAAAUGUAUUGAUGGAUAUUAUGAUGAACCAGGAACAUCUAAAUGCAAAAAAUGCUCAUAUAAAUGUGAAACCUGUGAAGAGUAAGCUGAAAAAUGUUUGAGUUGUCCUUUAAAUUCAUUACGUACUUUUGAUUCCACUACAGGUUGUCUUUGUCCAGAAGAGUAUUAUGAUUAACAAAAUGUCAUAAUUUGUUAAAAAUGUCAUUUCAAAUGCAAAAAUUGUAGUGCCUAAACGGAAAGUUCAUGUCUUUCAUGCGAUCCAUUGUCAUAUAGAGAAAUUAAACUUUAAUAAUGUAAAUGCUAACCACAUUAUUUUGAAAUGGAAGUUUAGGAAUGUGCAAUUUGUAGUGCUCUUUGUUAUGAAUGCGUUGAUAGACUUGAUAAUUGUACUUCAUGCUAUGAUGAUAGAUAUCUAAUUGGAAAUAAAUGUUAAUGUGCUUCUAAGUUUUAAGGGGCUUCGAUAAGUACAUUUGAAUUUAAUGGUUUGGUUAAAUGCUAAAAGUGCCAUUAUUCUUGUGCAACAUGUGGAGGAAAAGAAGAAAUGGAUUGUAUAUUAUGCAUAGACACGGAUCAUAGGUAUUAAGUAGGCAAUACUUGUGUUUGCAAAGAAGGAUAUUAUGAUGCAGGAUUGCCUGUCUGUUAAAAAUGCAGUUACAAAUGUAAAGGAUGCUCAAGAUAGUCUGAAUAUUGUACUUCUUGUUAAGAUAACAGUUUAAGAUAGUUAGUUUCAGAUUUCAAAACAUGCAAAUGCAAUUAAAGAUAUUAUGAUGAUGGUUAAAGUGAAGUUUGUUAAUAAUGCCAUUACUCAUGCCUUAGAUGUAAUGACAUCGACACAAAAUGUGAAUUAUGCUCAUUUGAAUCAAAUAGAAUUUACAAUGAUUAACUAUUUUCUUGUGAUUGUGAUGUAGGUUAUUAUAAUACUGGAGUUGAAAUCUGUUAAAAAUGUCACUAUUCCUGUUUAAGUUGUAAUUCUGGAGAUUCAUCAUCAUGUAUUUAAUGUGUUGAUUCUAACAUUUCAAAUAGAGUAUUUUAUAAUAACACUUGUAAAUGUUUAUUUGGAUAUUUUGAUGAUGGCUAAUCAAUUAAAUGUUAAAAAUGUGAUGUUUAAUGUUUAAGUUGUAUUAAUUAAUCUUAUUAAUGUUUAUCAUGUCCACAAACAAGGAAAUUAGAAACUAAUUGUAAAUGUUAAUAAGGAUAUUAUGAUAUUGGAUUACAACUAUGUUAAAAAUGUAACUCAAUUUGUUCUGCAUGUGAAUUUACAUCUAAUAAUUGCACAUAAUGUGAUUCUGAUUAAUUUAGACAACUUAAUGAAAUUACUAAAACUUGUGAUUGUUAAAUUGGUUAUCUUGAACUUAAUGGAAUUUGUUAAUAAUGUGAUCAAAGUUGUAAAAUAUGUUAGUAAUAAUUGAAUCAUUGUACAUCUUGUGUAUAAUUUAGAAAAUUAAAUAAUAAUAAUUGCAUUUGUAUUGAUGGUAUGUUUGAAUCAAUUUAAGAUAAAUAAUGUAAAUUAUGUCAUAAAACAUGUUUAACAUGUGCUUAUUCAGAUUAAUAUUGUUUAACUUGUUCAGUUGAUAAUUUUAGAAUAUUUAAAUCUGGAAAUACUUGUGAAUGUAUAUAAGGAUACUAUGAAAAUUAAAUAACUUAUGCAUGUGAAUAAUGUUCAAAAUCUUGUUUAACUUGUUCAUAAUAAUAUAAUAAUUGUUUAACAUGUGAUACAACUCUUAAUUUAUCUUUAAUCAAUAAUCAAUGUUUAUGUUCGUAAUCCUAUUAUUUUGACACUUUAACUAAUUCAUGUUAAUAAUGUAAUAUCACCUGUUUAGAUUGUUAAAAUCAGAAUGAAUGUGCAUCAUGUAAAUUAACAACCAGACAUUUAGAUUAAGAUUAAAAGAAAUGCAUAUGUAAUGAUGGUUAUUAUGAAACAAACUAAGCAAAUUGUUAAUAAUGUCAUUUAUCAUGUGAGACUUGUAUUAAUAUCGAUACUAAUUGCUUAAGUUGUAUAAGUAUAUCGAAUAGAAUAUUAACUAAUAAUUAAUGUUUGUGUAUAUAAGGAUAUUAUGAUGCAGGAAUUGAAAUAUGUUAAAAAUGUAAUGGUAAAUGUAAGACGUGUUAAUCCUCUGCUUCAACUUGUUUAUCUUGUUAUCAAAUUGAACAAAAUAGAUAUUAAUCAACAGAUAAAUGUUUAUGUAAAUCUGGAUAUUUUGAAUCUAAUACUGAUAUCUGUUAAAGUAAUCUUAAUUAAUUAAUAAUUUAAAAUGCUCAAACGAAUGUCUAACAUGUUAAGGUUCGCCUGAUUAUUGUACAAGUUGUGAUACCAAUUCAAAAAGAAUAGAUUAAUCAUUUAUUCACAAAUGUCCAUGUAUAAUUGGAUUUUAUCAAGAUCAAAAUUAUAUUUGUUAAAAAUGCCAUUAUAAAUGUUAAACUUGUAUAAAUAUAAGUGAUUAAUGUUUUAAGUUGUAAAUUUGAAUUAAAUUCAAACAGAAAGUCUUUGUCUGAUUAAUGUAAUUGUAAAGAAGGUUAUUAUGAUGAUGGAACUUAAUUAUAAUGCUAAAAAUGCAAUUUUAAAUGUAAAAGUUGUAUAAAUGAUUCAAAUAACUGCUAAAUUUGUUCAAAUUCAAUACGAAGUAAUCCUCCAAUGUGUAAUUGUAUUGAUGGAUAUUAUGAAGAUUUAUAAUUGACUUGCUAAAUGUGUGCUUAUUAAUGUAAGAAAUGUGUUACUUAACCAUAAAAUUGUUUGACUUGUAAACCAGAAAGAUCUGGAACUGAUUGUAAAUGUAGUGAUGGAUAUUAUGAAAAUGGAUCCAUAUUUUGCGAUUGUAAUAAUUCUUAACAAUUUGAUAUAGAAUGUGCAUUUCAAUGUGCUACUUGUAGUAAUUCAUCAUCGAAUUGCAACAAAUGUAAAGGUAAUAGAAUUUAAGAGCCUUAAUGCAUUUGUCAACCAGGCUAUUUUGAUGAUCAAUUAAACGAAGAUUGUUAAUUAUGUGAUAGUUCCUGUUUGGAAUGUAAUAAAAUUGGAUGUCUAUCCUGUAAUGCCAAUAGAAUAAUAAAUGAUGAUAUGGAUUGCGUGCCUCCACCGAAUUCAAUUUGGUAUAAUAAUACUCCUUGGUGUUCAAGUAAGUGA